AUGGGAGAGAACUAUUAUGAAAUUGCCAAUGUCGAUGAGGAAACCAAGGUAAUAUUAGAUGUGGAGGUAAAUAAAAUGAAAUUCAUAGAUGGCUUAUUAUUUAAGUUCAUAUUUGACCAAAAUGUUGUUGAAAAUAAUCCUAAAAACAAGAAUACUAUAGGAGUAGUAGAACAACAAGGAGAAGAAGUUAUAGGUCUUGAAGAGCUAAUCUUACCGAUAGAAGAACAAUCCAUUUAUUAUUUCGAAGAAAACCAUUUUUCUGAUGAAAUAUCUUAUAGAAAAUGUAAUAAUGACAAGAA